AUGGACGUGAAGAAGGAUGGAGGAGGAGGAGGAGGGGGGUCGUCUGCCCCCCCCACCUGCCACAGGAGCAUCCUCAUAGUCUGCCUCCUCUUCUUUCUUAUUAUAGGAGUCUUUGUAGGCCUCGUUAUUGCGUACCUGGUGCAGGAGCCUCAUCAUUUCAUGGAGACGGUGGAGCUCAAAGGUCUGAAGUACAGCACGGCUCUCCAGGAUGGGCGCUCUGCUUUCUCCAUUAUCCUGUCCUCAGUCUUAAAGAGCAAGAUUAAGGACAUCUUCAGAGCUUCUUCCAUCUCUCAUCACUACGACGGCUGCACCAUCGUGGCCUUUGGUAACAUCAACGGGGACGUGAUGGUGACCUUCAGGCUGGUCUUCAGCGUCUCUAAAAUCCAGCAGUAUUCAGACAACUUUGUCCGAGACCUGCUGAGAGCCGGACUCAGCUCUGUGAUGCACGGGAAACCUCUGGAGGUGCCGGGCUCUGGACAGGUCGACGCCAUCUUCCUGCUAGGAGCCACUGGGAAGUCAUUUUACGCUAUUGGAGACGAGAAGAUGGAGUGCGACUUCACCCCAGACUGUGCAGACGAAUCCGAUGAGGCUCGGUGUGCCUGCGGCACGCGUCCGGCCAUGGGGAGCCGGGUGGUGGGGGGGGAGGACGCCCGGCAGGGGGAGCUGCCCUGGCAGGUCAGCCUGAGGUUCCAUGGCCAGCACACCUGUGGAGCCUCCAUCAUCAGCGAGCGCUGGCUGGUCAGCGCGGCCCACUGCUUUGAGAAAGAGAAUGACCCCAGAGAGUGGACGGCCCUGGUCGGGGCCAGGCUGGUGAGCGGCCAGGAGGCGGAGUCCAGACUCCUGAAGAUCAAGUCCAUCAUCGUGUCUCCGGACUACGACCACCUGACCACUGACAGCGACGUGACGGUGCUGGAGCUGGAGCAGCCGCUCACCUUCAGCUCCUACAUCCAGCCCGUGUGCAUGCCCUCCCCCGCCCACGUGUUCGCCGCCGGCCAGAGCUGCAUGGUGUCCGGCUGGGGAGCCCUGCACCAGUUCAGUGUGGUGAGCUGGGGCGUGGGCUGUGCCCAGAUCAACAAACCUGGGGUCUACUCCCGGGUGACCAGGCUCCGGAACUGGAUUUUGAAGCACACAGAUCCCCGUCUGGUCCCUUAUCAUUCCCCGUACGGGGCCGGAGCAACACCUGGACCAAGCCCCGGGCCCUCGGCCCCCGCCGGGCCCCCGGCCCCCCCCGGGCCCCCGGCCCCUGCUGGACCCUCAGCCCCCCCUCUGCUCGCCUCAAACUGCAGCGGGAACUUCCAGUGCAGCUCCUCGCUGUGCAUCAGCAAAGUCAACCCGGAGUGCGACCGCGUCCCGGACUGCCCCGGGGGGGCCGACGAGAGCAACUGUGACUGCGGCGUGCGUCCGGCUCUGGGCGCCCAGAGGAUCGUGGGGGGGGCCACGGCCCGGAGGGGGGAGUGGCCCUGGAUCGGCAGCCUGCAGCAGCAGAGGCUGCACCGCUGCGGGGCCACGCUCAUCCACAGCCGCUGGGCGCUGACCGCCGCCCACUGCCUCAGAGGGUAG